AUGGAGGAGGAAGAGGAAGACGAUCUAGACGCCCCGCACGCCUCCCUUCAUCGUCAUCAUCAUCCCGAAUCGCACAUCCAGAGUAGCGCCUCUACUUCCAACGCCGCCGCCCCCCUGCCCAUGCCCCUGCCCACCGACGACGACGACGAGAGCUCGACGAAGAGCACCAGCGCGCCGCCGCCGCCCAAGGAGGCCACCGCGGCCGGCGACGGCCCAGACAAGGCGACGGCCAAGGGCGAGAAAAAGGAGGAGGAGGAGGAGGAGGACGGGGAGGUGGUGGACGAGAAGCGCAAGGCCGAGCUGGCCAGGGAGAAGGACGAGGAGGAAGUGGCGCAGCUCGUCAACAUUGCCACCGAGACCAAGGGGCAGGGAGGUGCGUCGAGCCGGCGGUAUUGGGGAUCGGAGACCGACAACGCCACCGUGUGCUUCAACUGUGGCGGCACCGGACACUUUUCCCGCGACUGCAUCGAAGCCAGGGGCCUGGUGAUGGUGUGCACGACGUGCAGUCAGGUGGGACACUCCUCGCGCCAGUGCCCCGACACCACCAUCUGCAACCGCUGCAACACUCUGGGACACUUUGCCCGGGACUGCCGGGGGCGGGAGCGGGAGAGCGCGGAGGCGGCUCGGCGCCAGAAGCGGAGACGCAGCGACGGGGAGGCCCUCCUGGGACAGCCCGCCGCCGCCGCCACGCCCGGCAGCAACGGGCGCGGCACGCGUGGGCUGUCCCUCGGCGGCGGCGGUGACGCCUCCAAGCUGGUCGACUUCGAGGUCCUCAUGCGCAGCCCGACCCGCAAGCUCUUCUGCUUCAACUGCGGCGGGGAGGGACACCUCGGCUCCAAUUGUAAUUUGGCGAGUAUGGAGAAGCUGGGUGGCGGGACGCGCACGCCGCCGCGGCCGCGCAUGCCCGAGGGCGUGUGGAUGUCGCCCAACGCGAUCGAGGACCUGACCGUCGACGAGCACCUGCGCCCGCGCAAGCGCAAGUCGCUGAGUCAGCUCCGGCGACUCGAGGAGCGCGCCGGCAACGGAAACGGCGGCGACGGCGACGAUGACGAGUACGCGCGGCGCAAGGCGCGGCGCGAGAGCCGCGAGGUGGCGCGCGACAAGCGGAAGCAGCGCGAGGCGGCCCACUCGGCGGAGGCGGAGCAGGCCGGGCUCGGGGAGCUGGCGAGCGAUCGCCCGACGAAGAAGCGGCGGAGGGCGAGCGACGAGGGCGAAGAGGCGGCGACGAAGAAGGAAAAGAAGAAGAAAACGAAGAAGACGAAGAAGACGAAGAAGAGCGAAGAGAAAAAGAGCGAAGCGGUGGCGGAUAGCGAUGACGGGGGGGAGGCGGCGGUGGAUCAGCCGAUGAGCCGACAGGAGAUGCUGGUGAAGAAGCGGCGCGUGUUCGAUCUGCUGGGCAUCGCGGACGACGACGAUCUCGACAAGAAGCUCGCAGAGGCGCAGGAGAAGCCCGAAAAGAAGAAGAAGAAGACGAAGAAGACGAAGAAAACGAAGAAACACGAGGAAGGGGAGGGAGUCGGUGGCGAAGAAGAGGAAGGCGAAAAAAAGAAGAAGAAGAAGAAGAAGUCGACCACGACAAGAGGGGAGGACAGCGCGGAGCUGCUCAACAUCACCGUCACCGUGAACAACAACACCGGCGGCGGCAGGGACGACGUCAUCGUGAUCGACGACUAA